AAAAACGGUGCUCAAUUGUGUAGACCAGAUCAUUCAGUGUGGUGAAGUAUGCGAUCAAAUGUGGAAGGAGCCAUCAGAUUUUACAGAAGAGGAACAUUUUGAAGUUUCGAAGAAGACAUGUGUAUCACGCUGGGUAUAUGCAUAGAAAGUAUUGCUUCAAUGCGAGAAGUUUCUGCGAAUUUGUGGUUUCAAAAUAUUAUUGUGAAUGGUUGCUAUUCAAUUACAUAUAAAGCUGAUCGCAUUCAGCAAAGAAACGUCUUGAGAUUAAUGAAACUUCGCCAACAAGUGCGGUGAUUUACAGGACCUAUGUGUAAGGUUAUGUUCUAUGUUCUACUUGUGUGGUGAAGAUUUAGUGUAUUGGAGAUUCAUAUAAUUAAGAUACUUUGUGGACAUCAGUACUUUUGGACCAGUAACUUUACUCUGGAUUUUCUUCGUACAAACAAAAGCUGAUGCAAGAAGAUGAAGUCCAAGAUUUUAUAGAGCAACGUCAAACACAAAACUCUGGCUGUUUAGUGUGGUAUCUGGAUGGAUUUUGGAGUUUUGAAAAUAAUUUGCAUUUUUGCAUAUUUAUUUUAUGGAAGCUCCUUUAUUAUACUGAUUUUUCUAUGAUGGCUUUUCCAUCCUCAGCUCCUGUACAACUUGAAGCCAGUCAUUUUAUUUGUAUAUUUUUCUUGUUAACACAUUUAUUGGCAUACUUGAAAGAAAGACAUAUACUCCCUCAGAGAAUCAUCAAUAAGAGUAUCUCUACA